AUGGCUCAAAAUGAAACAACUAAAUCUUCCAGUCAUCCAGAGCUCUGUGUGGGAAUUGCAACUGUUGCUCGACGAGGCGCUCGGUAUUUUAAAAGUACCGUGGGUAGCCUACUGGAAGGCUUGAGUGAAGAAGAACGAUCCGGCAUCAACUUGAUAUUGUUCAUUGCGCAUACAAACGCGUCAGAGCACCCUGCGUAUGCAGAGCCAUGGCUAUUCAAGGUGGCAGACAAUGUGCUUCUAUACGAUCCGCAAACAGUAGAUAUCAAUCACAUACGAGAACUUGAGACAGACGCCGCCAAAGUUCAUGGAAGAGAGAAGCCACUUUUUGACUACACAUACCUGCUGGAGGCAUGCGCAGCGACCAACGCACCUUACGUUGCGAUGAUCGAGGAUGACGUUGUGGCCCAAGAUGGAUGGUAUCACAAGACACGCGAAGCGAUAAAGUCUGCUGACAAGCAAAUAAAGCAAAUUGGCGCACCACACUGGCUCUAUUUACGUCUUUUCUACACCGAGGAGUUCUUUGGAUGGAACAGUGAAUUUUGGUUCACAUAUCUUACAGCAUCCAUUUCUGUUGUCGCUCUUAUCGCUGGCCUUUGCAUAGCUGCUCGCUCUUAA